UUUGCAGUAUAAAUAAAGGAAAGGAUUAUGAGAACUUGGGGGAUUGUACCUAACAGCCAUGAGCAGAGUACUGUGUCUUAUGAGAGUUAGUAGAAACAUUCAGCCAUGAGAAUUAGUCUGCAAUAGGAAUUUUAAUUUCAGUAAAGGGGGAUGAAGCAGUUCAGUCCCUUGUGUAAGGCAUAUCAACAUAUCAGCUGGUCUUGAACAGAUAACAGCAUCACCUCCACUAACAGGUACAGUUACACGCUUUUAAAAGAUGCAUCUUUAAAUUUACUAGUCACAGGAAUACUUUAAAGGUUCUCCAUUGAGCAUGCAUUUUAGCCCAGAAAUAGGUUUAAUCUGGAUCCAGGUAACAGCCUACUUAGAAUGGCAUAUAUCCUUUAUUAGUUUUGCUAUGGAAAUUUGAGCAUUUCACUUCCCAACACCACAAAAGUAGUCGGAAUUAAGUCAAUAGAUCAGUUGAUGUGAAUGCCAGAACUGACCAUACGGUCCGGUCCGUGUUGAGAAAUCUCACGUUCAGUUGCCAUUUUCUAAUUCUAUUGCCCACAAAGCGAGAACUAUACAUUAUAGGUAGGACAUUAUUGGUUGUUGGUAUUCUUGAUCUGGUUGCUUUUUGACUAUUUUAUCAAUACUUUGCUGACUUCUACACUAAAGCCUAACUUCAAAGAUGCACACUGUUGGACCAUUCUUCAGUGCAAGCAUGUUAAUAUUCAACCUGUAAUAAUCAUGACAGUGAUGGUAAACAUGGAUGUAAACAUGUAUCCAUAGAUAAGAGUGUCAUGGCGAUAUUUAACAAAUCUCUUCUCUUGGCUUUGAAACAGAAAUGUGUGGGUAAUGUUGGGCACAGACAUAAAUACUGGUAACAUCAGAGUGAAAUCCAUUUUAUUCCUCCCUAUUUCCUCUAGUUGCAAUAGAGGAUUGAAGGACGUAAAGAGGAGACUAUAGUCAAACGUCAAUGAUAAAGCCCUAGAGAAUGUAAUAGAUGUUUGUUAACAAUCUUGUCAAUCUUGUAAUUUGUUAAACUUGACAGAUUUUUUUCAUUCCUUUACAGAUCGAAAAUGUGCAUGCACACAAUGAUUCUACUGGGUUUUGUGUGGUUUAGUCUGCCACUUCUUGUGGCCCUUGCCUCACCAACCCCUGCUUCAAAUGAUGAGAGAGGCCCCUGUCAAAUCUACAACUCUGGUCGCUCCGCAAACUGCCUUGGUCAGCAACUGGAUCAUGUUCCAUGGAAGCACCUCCCUUCCACGCUUGAAAGUAUAGAUCUCUCCUACAAUGAAAUUCAUGCCAUUCGUGUUAAUUACUUUUCUCGCCUACCUCAUCUUCGUGUCCUCGAGCUGCAGUUCAACAACAUCUCUGUGAUUGAGGACCGUGCCUUCCACAACAACCCCCUCCUGGAGCAUCUUAACAUCUUUAACAACUCCCUAGAGGAAAUCCCUGCCAACGCCUUGCAGGACCUCUUCAAUCUAAGGGAACUCCUUAUGUCGAAUAACCUUUACACCCAGGCCACAUUGUCAGCUGACGCUUUCUCCAGAUUGACCCACCUCAAGGCCCUGUCCAUGGGCGGCCCCUUGGUCAAGGGUCUAAGGAAAGGGGACUUCCAGGCAUUGAGGAACAUUCAGUUGCAGGACUUUGCCAUUAAAACUUCAUCAAACAUCAGUUACUAUGAGCCGGGUAGUCUGAAGGUAAUUCAGACAGGUAGAAUGGGUUUUGACAUGGCCAUAGAUAGGAAGCCGAAUUUCCUACCUUUGAUUCUACGAGACUUGGCCAACAAGACUUUCAGUCUCAUCCAAUUCAGGAACCUCUUUGAGUUUAUGUAUUACAUGGGAGAUGAGGAUAUUUUCAGAGGCUUGCAAGACAUCAAAGUAGAUUCGCUCAUCUUUCACCGUGGAAAAUUCAAUGAGAACCUUAUGAGGAUGGCCCUAUUUAAUCUACAGGUCACCCCCCUUAAACGUCUGACACUUCAAUACAUUGACUUUGCUCGCUCGCCCAACUUUCUGGAUAAUGGCUUGGGAUCCAGUAUCAAAGACCUUGCACUGAGUAGACUAAAUUUGUGGCACAUCAGUAAUCCAGACAUUUUGCGAUUUGACUGGCGCUUCACAUGGUUCAACAAAGUCCGACUGCUGUCCAUCCAGAAUGUCAACUUCAACUCUGUGCCUUGCGAUGCCUGGCUUAAUAUGGAAGACAUGGAGGUUUUGGACAUCUCAAACAACCGCCUGCAGGACAACAUCCUCUUCAACCAGAGAUGCGACUACAGGGGCACCAUGCCGGCUCUUCGUUCCUUCAAUGUCAGCACCAACCAACUGACCAGCCUUAAGGACUUAGCCUCCCUGACCAGGGAGUUCAAACAGUUGAAGGUCCUGGAUGUCAGCCACAACAUGCUGGGCUCUGCUGAGAAGAGUCGCAACUGUAACUGGAUGCAGAACAUCACCCUGUUGAUCGCUCACCACAACCGCUUCGAAAGUGGUGUCCUCCAGUGUCUGCCCACCACAGUACAAUUCCUGGACCUCUCGUACUGUGACCUGGACCAGCUGGACAUGGCCUACUUCCAACAAACCAUCAGCCUCAAGGAGCUCCUGCUCAAUGGGAACAAGAUCAAGUUCAUCCCCUCUGGGUGGAGAAGUCACUCCUUGCAGUCACUGGCUCUGGAUGGGAACUCCUUUGGGCUCAUCAGCAUGGGCUCCUUCCAGGACAUGCCCCAGCUGUCUCGACUGACGGCGGGGAACAACCCAUUCCACUGCACCUGCGACCUCCAUGCCUUCAUCCAGGACACAAUUUCCAAGGGGAAAGUCAACAUCACUGACUGGCCAGAGAACUACAAGUGUUACCAUCCAGAGGCCCUGCUCAAUACCGCUGUGGCAAAUUUCUUCCCAGGUCACAUGGCCUGCGAUAUCAGACUGGUCAUCAUCAUCUGUGUGGCUACUACUGCAGCUGUGGUUUUAGUGUUGAUGCUUAUAUGCUACAUAUUCAAUGUUCCCUGGUACAUCAAAGCCACAUAUCAGAUCCUCAGAGCCAAAUACAGGGCUCACCAGGAAGGAGCAUCUGGAAAAUCACAGAUCUAUGUUUACCAUGCCUUUAUCUCCUACAGCCACCCAGAUGCAGACUGGGUCAGGGACCAGUUGUUGCCCUGCUUGGAGAACAGCAAGCCCCCCUACCGACUCUGUAUCCACGAGAGAGACUUCAUGCCAGGAAAGUGGAUCAUCGACAACAUCAUUGAAAAUAUUGAGAGCAGCGAAAAGGUCAUAUUUGUGUUGUCACACCACUUUGUGAACAGCGAUUGGUGCAACUACGAGCUCUACUUUGCCCAGCAAAGAGCCAUCGGCAAGACCUUCAGCGAUGUUAUUCUGGUGGUGAAAGAGCCCAUCGACCCUGAAUCUCUGCCCAGCAAGUAUUGUAAGCUCAAGAAGAUGCUGUACACCAAAACGUACCUAGAGUGGCCCCAGCAAGCCAAGCAGCAGACCUUCUUCUGGGCUCAACUUAGGAGCUGCCUGGGCAAGCCCACAGUGACUAGAGAGCAGGCUCUUAGUGGUAGGAGCAGCAGUGUAUCCUCAGUGGGUGCUGUGCCUGUGAUAGAGCUCCCUCUAGAGGAUGGGAAACCAGCGAUAGCUAUGCCAAAUUUAGACAGAGAAGCAGAGCUCCACAAAGUAGUUCCUCAGGAGAUCGAAAAUCUUUCAGUGAGAGGUGCAGAGUUUUAUGGGCAAAGACCAAUCCAUGUAGCCGUGGCAUCAGACAAAAUAAGCCAAGCAUGUAGCUUGUAAUGUGUAUAGUGUCCCAAGACCAAUCUCUCUCUGAAGUGCUGAGCUUGAGUGACUUCUUGGCCAUGCUGUGGCAGAUAAUGUGUUUGCUAAGCUGCUGGUAGCAUUAGCAAGUGUUUCAUAAUGAUGACAGUGAAUAACAUGAUCUGUCUGCCACCCACCCUUCUGACAUGUACAGUGCUUACUCCCCCUUGAACUCUUUACAUUUUGUUGUGUUACAAAGUGGGAUUGAAAUAGAUUACAUUUUUGUGUCAUUGAUCGACACAAAAUACUCCAUAAUGUCAAAGAGAAAAAAAUAAUAAUAACAGAAGUAUACGUAUUAAUUUAUAAGCACAAGUAUUCAGCUCGGGGAUUUGAUCUUGCAACCUUUUGGUUACCAGUCCAACACUCUAACCACUAGGCUACCUGCCGCCCCAUGGACUCACUCUGUGUGAAAUAAUAGGGGUUGAUGGUAUUUCUGAAUGACUACCCUUUCCUCUGUCAUCUGUAAGGUCCCUCAGUCAAGUAUUGAAUUUCAAGCACAGAUUGAACUACAAGAAGGGCAGUGAUUGGUAGAUGGUAAAAAUAACAAAUCAGACAUUGAAUAUAUCUUUAAACAUGGUCAAGUUAAUAAGUAUGCUGUGGAGGAUGUGUCAAACAACCCAGACACAACAAAUAAACAGUCGUCCUUCUGAACUGAGCUGCAGGAUAGGAAGGAAACUGUUUAGGGAUGUCAACAUGCGGCCAUUGCAUUUUAAAACAACAACAGAGUUCAAUUGCUGUGAUGGGAGAAAACUGAGGAUGGAUCAACAACAUUGUAGUGACUGCACAAUAAUGACCUAAAUGACAGAGAAAAAUAAUAAUACGAAUAUACAGAAUAAAAAAAAAACCAAAAUAUGCAUAUUUAUGCAACAAGGCACUAAAGUAAGACUUAGGGGGAAAAACACAGGAAAGGAACACACUUUUUGGACUAAAUGCAAAGCCUUACACAUAAUGUAUGCCAUUUACCAGACACUUUUAUCCAAAACGAAUUACAUUUUGUGUGCACAUACACAUGCCAUGUAGAAUCAUCUCUGCCAUGUCAAAAGGCACGCAAGCCACAAAUCUCAUACGAAAACGGAACCAGUGGGGACUGCAUGUUAAAC